AUGGCAAGCAGCGUAGACGCGAAGCUCUUACGAGCGACAAAGUUCCCUCCCGAAUUCAAUCAGAAGGUUGACAUGCAAAAGGUCAAUCUUCAGGUCAUGAAGAAAUGGAUUGCCAGCAAGAUAUCCGAGAUAUUAGGAUCCGAAGAUGACGUCGUCACUGAGCUAUGCUUUAACUUAAUCGAAGGAUCCCGAUAUCCCGAUAUAAAAUCCAUGCAAAUCCAGCUUACCGGCUUCCUCGAUAAAGAUACCGCGCCCUUCUGUAAAGAUCUUUGGAACCUCUGCUUGAGCGCCCAGUCUAGCCCUCAGGGUGUCCCCAAGGAGCUUCUGGAAGCGAAGAAGCUAGAACUCAUUCAGGAGAAGACAAGGCUGCUGAAGAAUCACGAAUCCGACGUGAGACCCAGGAGCGUCGUGACCGUGAGUUAUCAGACGUACGAGAUCGAGAGCGGCGCGACCGUGGCUUUCGUGGCGGGCGGGGCGAUAAUUGGCGUGGUGGGAGACGUGGUGGUGGCGAUCGAGCCUUUGGCGGUGGUCGCGGUAGAGGCUUUGGCCGAGGCGGUGACCGAUCGCCCUCACCACCACGUCGAGAGCGGGACUCAUAUCAUAACAACCGAGAUCGUUACGUACCCCCAAGCCGUCGUGGGAGUAGGCAGGAGGCCCGACGUGGACGCUCCAUAUCCCGCUCCGCGAGUCCCGAGUCCAGAGGCUCUGUGUCUCGUUCCCGAUCAUCGAGCACGACUAGCGGACGUAGCCGGCGAGUUAGUCACCGAUCACCUACCCCAUCUCGUCGCCGUUCUAGGGGGCGUCGAUCGCCACCUCGCCAUAGAGCUUCAGGGAAGCGAGAUCGGUCUACAGGGCGAACAAGAGGUUAUAGGCCCCGCAGAGACGGUCGUAGAAGAAACACAUCUUCGCCGUCGCUCGAGGUCUCCCCCACGCCGUGACAGUCGGCGGCUGAGUCGUUCUCGCUCGUCCUCCUACUCGCGAUCACGCAGUCGCAGCCCGAGACGAAGACCGGUCCGGGAGCUUAUCAGUCGUAGCCCCUCGCCUAGCCACCGUGGGAGGCUAAGACGAACUUUAACGCGAAGUCCAAGCAAAUCAGAGUCUGAUGAGGAGACUAGGCGACCACGGCGGAGAAGCCCGCAAAGGAACGGACAGGAUAGCAAAGCUAGAGAUAUCCCUUCGAGAAGGCGGAGAGACUCUGCCGAUUCCCCCCGCACCCGUAACAGAUCAGCUGAUGUUUCGGAAGAUGAAGACAAAUCCAGAUCCCCUAGACACCGCGCGGCCUCGACGGCCGAUGAGACCAAGUCCCCAGUACAGCAAGCCAAUGAGCUACGAGAAAAGCUUCUGAAGGAGCGCAUAAAGAAGAUGAGAGGCACCUCAAGUAGAGACAACGUCAAAGGGUCAGGCUAA